UUGUGGAGGCGCGUAUUCGAUUUGAGUAAAUUUUAGUUUUGAAAGUUUCUAGCCUCCUAGCCUUGUAUUGCUGAACAAAUGGAUAAAAAUACAGUGACUUUCCACAGUAGCUUUUAUCGGUUAUGUGCCAGUGUUUAGUGUGCUUCACAUGAAUGAUUUUCUUUCCACAAAAAGGAACUGACACGUGGAAAUAAAAUUAAAAUACUUUUAGCUUGAUUACGUUAACGUCUGAAAGUCAAUGCUCUUCAUUAAGACUCAAUGAUCAUGUCAACGAUCCCAUUGAAGAAAUAUUCUUUUGAUGAGGAAGGAGGAAGGAGAAGGGAAAGACAAACUCGGAAGGUGGAAUUCAAGGUUCCAUUGAGACUUCUUCGGUUGUGCGUCCUUGGUGCAAUUCUGCCGGCCAUUUUGAUUGCUGGUCCAAUUUAUUUGAGGUACCGAGUUUAUUCGGCCCAACUUUAUCCUCUUACUAUUUCUGAUCAAAGACUGAUAGAUGGAAAAAUAUCGACGACUUGGUGCCAGAGGCAGGUGGUUAAGGCCAACACAACUUUCAAUGCUUACUUGAUGAGCCAUGAGCCAAACAUCAAUGGUGAAUUGAUACCAGUUUCGAUGACGAGACAUCUAGUCUUAGAGGAUGACAUGAAGGAAUAUUGGGGAUUUUAUCUUUUGCGAGGUUCUAGCGUCACAGUAUCAACUUGUGUAAGAUGGCCAGGUGCAUCCUUAACAAUUAUCAGGGGACAUAAACAUCUGCAUGAAUGUGCAUUCAUUGGUGACGAUAGCAGUGAAGAAUUGGAAGAAUUAUUGCAAGUUGCUGAAGAACAAGGGUUGCUGAAAAUAAAUGGAACACCACAGGAUGCUAGAAGUCCAAGCAAUGCAGCAGAUAAAAUGACAAGAGCUCACCAGGAUGUUCAAUUUCACCAAAAACCAAACAGUAAAAAUCGCACUUAUUUCAGCUCAAGUUUUCAAAACCCGACGAGCCACGAAUUAGAUGCAAAUGCAAUGAGAAAUAUUUUGACAUUACUAAUGAAAAAAACCCUCGAAACGAAAAAAAAUCAACGGGAAAAUCCUCAUCAUAGAUACGAAGGCGUUUAUAGAGAAAGUGCAAAUAUUGAUAAGCCACCCACCAUGGAAAAAGAAUUCGACCCUAGGGAUCUUUUCGAUUUCUCAAAAUCAGAUCAACUAGAAGCUAAAUUUGAAAUCCAACCAGAAGUUAAAUUUACAAAAUCUAAAGACCGCGAUGCAGAAAAUUUGGAUAACAAAUUAAUUAAUAAAACGGGAAAUGCAAGUUUAAACUUUAAUAAAAAUGAGGAAAGUAAUAUUCAAUUUAAAUUAGAGAGCAGUACAAUUAAAUUGAUAAAUGAAGUAUUAAAGAAGACACAGGAAAACGUGAACGAAACUCAAAUUGAGGAAAAUAGUGCUCAAGUGAAAUUCGAAAGAUCAACAGUUAAACCUGAGGCAAAUAUUACAGAAGAGAAGAAAUAUGAAAAAAUUGAAGAAAUUGAGAAGCUUAAGCAAAUAGCUGAAAUUGAGAAAAAAAUUGAUGAAAUUGAUGAUAAAGAUCCAACUUCAGCUGAAAUUUUUGGUGAAGUUAUGAGAAAAAUUGUCUCCCAAGGAGAAAAGGGGAAAAAACUUUUUCAGCAGUUGGUGGAUGAAGUUGACGAUCAAGAAUUGAAAAAAAGAAUGAUGAUGAAAAUGGAAAAUAUAACAAAAGAUGAGGAGAAGAAUCUUAGGCGAAGAAGAGAAUUAAUUUUGUCUUCCCCUCUUCAGGAUGAUCUGAAUAAAGAUGAUGAAGAGGAGGAUGCUGCGAUUGAAGAGGGAUUGUUAACGCCAGAUGGAAUUGCUGAUGAUAGAGGUACAGUAAAUGAAACAACAAUGAAUGAUAGAAGUAAUUCCGAAUUUUGGAGUUCGUUUAGUAGUUCUGAGGAAAGACUUUUAGAAUGUAAAGGACUUAUUUUGAAUUUGCCACUUACACCACAUCGGCAGUGUACGCCAAAGCAUGAAGAUCAACAUACUUCGGCUUCAAUCGCCAACACAGUAACCUACAGGGUUCCAGCUAAUGGCUACUAUUUUUUCGUUUUCAAUUCGGAAAACGAGAUCCAACCAAAUUAUCUAAGAAUAAAGUUUGAUUUACUGAAGACUGUGUACAACACUUCAAAUCCAGUUCAUGCUUGUGAAAACAGCACUUAUGAGUGUUCAUUGCCGAUGAACUUUUUUAGUGACCAAAAAACUGUGUUAGAGUUACCAGUCGGAGGAAAUGACUCCCAAUGGAAUGAAGAAUUUAUUGUCAUUUCGACAUGUGAACCUCGUACAUCGGUUUAUGUGUUUUGUGUAAUUACAGUACCAUUAUUAAUAUUAAUUUUUGCUUUCCACUAAUUGAAAUUCCUGAACAAAAUAUUAAAUUAAAAAGGUUCACCUCAUAUUUUACAAUGAGGAUUAUUCUUCGUGAGUCACAUUCUUGAUUCUGUAAUAGAUUUUUUACAAGUCGGAAAGUAUAUUCAGAUUUUUAAUUUUUAUAUUUUGAAACAGAGAAAUGAGAGUUGCUUUGUGAUAAGAGUAAAAUUUGUUAAUUAGACAUUUUAAUAUUCAUGUAAUAAUAUUAGUAUUAAAAUUGAAAUUAAAUUAUAAAUAAUACGCGGAGAGAAAUUUCGGGAGACUAAUUGAUGGCACUGCUCCUCGAUUUUAUCACUUUUUGGCGCCUGAAAUAAGUCCUAGGAAACCUUGCUUUUAAAGCAUAGGUCUCGAAUUUUCAAACAUUAGGCUGCACUCCUUUGCUCUCGGGUCUCGAAUUUUAUGCUAUUAGAUCAUAGAGUCCGCGACUUUAAAGCACGUAAAAAUUUUAUCUUUAAAAUCACGCGCUUCCGUGAAUUAAUCUUUUAAAUUUUCUCUCCGUGUAGAAACGAUAUUUUUGCGCAAAAAUAUUGUUGAGGCAUAUAGUGACGAAUACAAUGUUGUAUUAUAAUGUAUCCGCUGGAUCUUGUGAUAUUUCAGAUAGGGUGUAUUUACUGUAAAUCAGUAUUUUAAAUGUAAAUGGUUUGAACCUGAGAUUUCUCCUAAGACAUUUUGUUGUUAAUUUUUUAUUAUUUACAUUUAAACGGAAUUACAAAAAUGCUUUAUAUUUUACAGUCUAAAUUUGAUAAUCAGCCGAAUUUUUUUUUUAAAAAUGCAAAGUAUAAUACAAAAUGUGUAAAAAGUCAUGAAAAAUGUAUCUGUGAAGUAAUUUUUUUACAUUAUGUUUUGAUUAAUUUUGAUAUAUAAUUCAUAAAAAUAAUUAAACAGAGAAACAUUUUUUAAUUAUACAUUGGAAUUUGGAAUUAAGGCUUCCGAGUUUAAGUCUUUCUAAGAAUUGCUGCCGGGGCGGUUUCGGACCGAGAGUAUUGCGUGCCUCUCGGGGUAGAGAGGAGGUUGCUCAACUAUGCGUUAUCACCAGGAGCGUAGGGGCACACGAACAGUGCGCGUGUACUCGUCGCGUAUAUAUUCAUAAUAUUAGGAAAUGGUUCACACGCCACUGACUGUUUACGUUUAAGCUGUCUGGAUUUAUGUGAAGGCCACUGUCAGCAAUGCCUGCGAUCCGUCAUAAUUCCAAGUUCCAGUGUAGCCACAUUUACUAAUGGCAUGAUAUAUAUAAACAGUAUAAAAGAAAGAUUAAAAAUAAAAAUAAUAAUUUAAGGAAAAAAUCGAGAAUGAUCUAAAACUAUAGACUAUAGAAGAAUGCAGAAUAAUUGAGUAAGAUUUUGUUAAUAAAUAAUUCUUUCAAUAUAUUUUCUCUGUUUUGAUAAUUAUUUUAAAUAAAAUUUAUUAAAUUGUUCAAAUAUUCUAGAUUGGUGAU